AUUUUAAAAAUAUUAUUUUAAUAUAUUUAUUAAAAAAACAUUUCUAAACAGUCACUUCAGCAAUAUAUCUUUCAAGAGCCCUCGCUCUGAAUCUCUCUUAAACCCUAGCUGCUUCCCUCCUUUCACUCUCCCAAAACUAAAACCCUUUCCCUCUUUUCUUCUUUGAAGUCCAUAAUUGAAAUGGCAUUCUUUAACAAGCUCGGGAGCCUAGCGAGGCAGUCAAUUUCCCAGAAGGGGCAAGUUCCAAUGGUGUCCAUGUUGAACUCUAUUCGCUGCAUGUCUUCAUCCAAGCUUUUCAUUGGAGGGCUUCCAUGGUCAACUGAUGACCAAACCCUUAAAGAUGCAUUUUCUGGCUUUGGGGAAGUGACAGAGGCAAGGGUUAUCAUGGAUAGAGAGACCGGGAGGUCUCGUGGAUUUGGGUUUGUUCAUUACGACAGCGUUGAAAAUGCCAGCGAAGCACUUUCAGCAAUGGAUGGCCAGAAUUUGGGAGGAAGAACUGUUCGAGUGAGCUUUGCCGAGGAAAGGAGACCACCACAAUCCUACAAUGACAAUCACCAAGGGAGUCCACCACAAUCCUACAAUGACAAUCACCAAGGGAGUCGAGGUUUUGAUAAUUAAAGUGGAUGGAUUACAGCUUUAUGCGCUACUAACGCCCUAAAUGGCCUUUCUUCUGUAGCUAGUUGGUUCUAGUCGGAAUAGAGAUUGCAUUUUUAUUUUUCUUGAAUGUUUCUAUAACUUAUGAAAUUAUGUUGUGAUUUUGGCACUUGUGUGCUGGUUUCUUAGUUUUUCUGACUUGGUAAAUUCCAUCAUGAUGGAUGAUGGAGGCACAGUUAACGUUUUCAUUGUUAUGGAAGCAUAUUGAUCGGAAGUGUUAUAAUGCACGGGGAAUUUGCAUGA